UUCAGUGCAUUCUUUGGCUUGCAAAAUUUGAAUCCGUGACAUGUGUUCGUCGUGAAUAUAGUUGCGUGUUUAAUGAUGAGCCACCACAUCAAAACAGCAUUCACCAUUGGAAUCGCCAGUUUAAGGAAACUGACAGCUUGUUGGUUGCAAAACCUUCUGGCAGACCACUGAUGAGUGACGAGUCUAUUGAGGCUAUAAGGGACAUCUACCUAUGGAGUUCAAAGAAAUCAGUGCGUGUCUACACUAAGCAAGUAGGCCUUAAGAAGAGCACUGUUCACAAAGUUCUGAAGAAACUGUCAAAUGAAAUGAAGAAUCAGUCAUCAAGAUAUAACUCAGUGUCAAAUGAUGAUGAUGAUGGAGACUUCCAACAAAUAGAUAACUUCAAUCCUGACUCCAUGACACCUUACACAAACCUUCCAACUGUCGUGGAUGACCUGAACAUGAAUAAUGUCGGUUCCACGGAGUUCCGCAACCUUUCUCAAGAAGAAGAAGACCACGAGCAACAGCAGCAACUCUCACCACAACCUCAUUCAUCAAUUCAACCUAAACCAACCCUUGGUAAAACUCCAUUACAGUCAGCAGAUGUAACUAAAGACAUUUACAUUGUACCAAAUUCCUCAAUUAGUGUAUCAAAUUCUUUGGUAACAGAAAAUUUAAACCUAUUGAACAGUUCAGACAGAACUAGCAUUCACCAGUUCCAUCAAAAGCCCGGAGAAGAUCUUGGAGAAACAGAUCGAACACAGGACAGUGGUGUGAUAAGUAUAGAUGAUUGUGAUAUGUUAGAGUCAAAAGAUGUCAUUGCUGCCCAGAUUGAGCUAAUGCAACCCUCACAGUUUGCAGCAAAUAAUGAAAAUUGCCAUACCAGGAAUGGUGACAAUGACAAAAACAUUCAUGCCAAUUUUCUGCCAGACCUAGAAAUCUCCAACACAAUUUCCCACAGUUCCAACAACUAUAUAAAAACGAACAGCAUCACCAAAUCUACUGAUGGUGAAAUUGAUUCCAUUGCUGAAUACUUCAAAAUCUGUGAUAACAGUACGCGACAGACCUUCCUUGAUGUUAUGCGAAAUGAUAGAGAUCAACAUGCAUUGGCUCUGGACAGUAUGAGUAGUGAGCUAAAAUCUGUGUCUAGUUUAUUGCAAGAAGUGCGAGAGAAGCAACAGAGGAAAAAAGACCGACUAGAAGAGUUACUCUCCGAAGUCAAUCAGGUACGAGCAGACUAUACUCUCCUAGAACUACAGAACACGGAACUAACGCAACAGGAGACACAGCUUCAGGAUAAGCUAAAACAGUACAGCAAAAAAGUCUCACUUUGUGAUUCUGCUUUGAAUGCCAUGACAAAUGGCAAAGAACUUCAAAUGUCAGUAAAAUGACUUUAGCAGGAGAGAGAGUAGAGAACAUAAUUUUUGUGUUCUUUUCCAGAACAUCUGAUAAACUUUGAAAUUUGUCACCACUGUUUUCUUUUCUUUAUUAUUUUUUUCGUCAAAAUUUAUUUUGUUUGCGAAAAUAUAAAAUUUAUAAAAUUUUAAUCAAGAAAAGAAAAAAAAGUUAAAAAAAUAUUCUUAAAAAUACAAACAAAUAAACUAAACUACAAAUAUA